AUGCUAUCUUGGUUCAUGUUGAUUGGGAUACCGUCCGCGUCUUACACCAAAAGUGAAGAACUCACUAAGGAAGCUGAGGCCGUUUUUCCGAGCGGGGCACCGUUCCCGAGAAAAGCGCUGCCUACUGCGUCGGGUUAUCUGAUCGUUAACGAAACCACGGGUGCGAAGAUGUACUUCGCAUACUACGAGGCAACCGAGCCGGAUACGGCUCAAUCCGAUACGCCAAUCAUCCUCUGGCUUCAAGGCGGCCCGGGUUGUUCGAGCAUGAUCGGAAAUUUCUACGAGCUAGGCCCUUAUCGAAUCACUGAGUCGCUCAAUAUCGAACCCAACCCCGCCCCCUGGAACCGUCGCUAUGGUGUUCUUUUUAUAGACAACCCCGUUGGUACGGGCUUUAGCGUAGCACCUUCAGAUGCGGAUAUUCCUCUGGAUCAGGAUGACGUAGCGAAGGAUCUGUACACCGCGCUCCGAUCAUUCUUCAAUCUUUUCCCGCCAUUUCGCCAAAGGCCGUUCUUUUUGGCAGGGGAGAGUUACGCUGGAAAGUACGUCCCCGCUUUAGGCUCUUUCCUUGCGGGGAAAUUGGACUUGGCGCAGCAGCAGUUACGUCAGCGUCUGAAAUUCAAACGCGACGGCGAGGGCGGGUUCAGGCAUCCAUUCCGGUUGGACGGGCUUAUAAUUGGUAACGGAUUGACGCAUCCGCGUACGCAGGUGCAGGCGCAUGCGGAUAUCGCGUACAGCGCUGGAUUGCUGGAUCAGCAGCAGCGGGAGAGGGCCAAGGAGUGGGCGGAACGCGUCGUGGCGCAUAUUGACAAUGAGGAAUGGCAGGAGGCUUUCCAAGAACGGACGAACCUUGUCAACUGGAUUCAGAACGUGAGUGGCAUAGCAACUCCCUUGGACAUCCGACGAACCCGCGCCUACCACCACAACAAGGACAAGCAAGAGUACCUUGCUCUAUACCUCAACCGCCCGGAGAUUAAAGACGUCCUUAAAGCCGACGCGGCCACCACCUGGGUCUCCUGCAGUCCUCGCGUGCGCAAGCAUAUGUCCAACGACACUAUGAAAUCCACUAUGCACCAGUUGGAAGGGCUCUUACAUCGCGUCCCGGUUCUGCUAUACCAGGGGAUAUACGACAUUAAAGACGGGGCUGCGUGCUCAUUGGAGUGGAUGGGGGAGAUGGAGUGGAAGGGUAGGGAGCGGUUCUGGGCGGUGGAGAGGUGGUUGUGGGAGGUGGAGGGGGAGGUGGCGGGGUACUGGCGGGAGCAUGACACGUUGACUCACGUGGUGUUGCACGGAGCAGGGCACGAGGUGCCUGCUGACCAGCCUCUGAACUCCCAGCGCAUGAUCGAAUCGUGGAUCAGCAAGGAGCUUGCCACGGCCAGGAAACUCGAGUUUGUCAUGGGGGAGGUGUUAUCUGACGACGAUCGCAGGGAGGUAGAUGUGGGGACGGCGGAUGGGGGGGUAGAGGGGGGUGCAGAGGGGACUGGGGAGGAGGAGGAGGGGGGAAAGGGAGGGGAUGAUUACGCGGGGGCAAUGAUGGCGGAUAUAAUGAAAGGGUUUGUAGAGGAGAUGGAGAAGAGGGGGGUGGAUUGGAGUAAGGUUGGUCCUGACGGUGAGGGGUUUGAGUUCGAGGGGUUUGAACCCGAGUGGUUCGAACAGGACAAUGAGGUGGUGGAUGGGAGUGGGGAGGGGGAAGGAGGGGAGGAAAAUGGGGAAGGGGCGGAAGGGGGGCACGAAGGGGAGGGGGAGGAAGAGGGGGGAGGGGGAGCGGAAGAGAGUGAUGAGAUGGAGGGGGUGGAGGGGGAGGGGGAGGUAGGGGUUGAGGGGGUGGAGGGUGGGAAGGGCGGGAAGCUGGAGGGGAUGGCUGGGGGAGGAAUAGAGGCUAUGGAGGGGAAGGCGGACAAAGAGGAAAUGCGCGAUUUGUGA